CCAGGCAUCCUUCUCUGAGUUUCUAUCUUUCUCUCGAUUGUAACUCCUCUCUUCGACCAUCAAUACCAUAUUCAAAAAGGUCUUGUCUGCCUCCGAUUUCAGCUCAGACUAAUUUCAGCCACUAAUGUCCCUCAAGAGCCCAACCCCAUUUUUUCUUGGUUGCCAACACCCAAAUCCAGAAUUAAAACUGGGGUUCCUGUGUGGAGAGCCAAGAGGAGACCUAAGGAUGGUGGCUUCCACUAGACCACGUCUGUAAAUCAAUCAAACCUAAGAAAAUUCUUGGCCCAUUAAAUAAGAACCAACUGGAAUUCCAGGCUCACCUGGAAUCUCUACGCCUUCGAUCCAGUUUGGAAAAUUUGAAGUCGCUGAGCCCCUACGAGUGGGGAGCUCCAGGAACAUCCAAACUGAGCAACUGGGGUUCCCCCCACCCCCCACCCCGCCCCUCCCGGCAACUUUGAGCCUCUUCUGGGACAGAUCCUCUGAUUCCUAAAUAAGUCCAUGAGGUCAGAGUUAGCACUGCCAUUGUAACGCGGCUGGAGGGGGGUCACGUCACCGGACACGCCCCCAGGCACCUCCCUUGGGUCUCCCAAGGCUAGGAAGGGGAAGUUAUAACCCUUAACUCGAGCCCCAUAAUCAGAACUGUGCGAGUCUGCGAACCCCCACAAAUCACAACCAACUGUCCACAACACGGAGCUAGCAGUGACCUUUCCUGUCCAUUCCACUCAGGCCUCAGUAAUGCGUCGCCAUAGCAACAGUGUCAACAGCAGCACCAGCAGGUCCCGCCACCCUCCCCCACAGGAAUCCGUCCUUUCCAGCUAACCCCAGAUCUGUCUGGAGAGUUCUGAACAGGGGCGGAACCCUCAACUCCUAUUACUCAAAGGAGGCGGGGAAGCUCCACCCGACGCGAAACUGCUGGAAGAUUCCUGGCCCCAAGGCCUCCUCCCGCUCGCUGAUUGGCCCAUGGGAGGGUGGGCGGGGCCGGAGGAGGCUCCUUAAAGGCGCAGGGCGGCGCGCAGGACACCAGAUUCCUCCUCUUAAUCUGACAGAAUCAGUUUCUGGUUCCACUCGCAGAGAAGCAGAGAAGCGGAGCAAGCGGCGCGUUCCAGAACCUCGGGCAAGACCAGCCUCUCCCAGAGCAUCCCCACCGCGAAGCGCAACCUUCUCCAGAGCAUCCCCCAGCGGAGCGCACCCUUCCCCAGAGCAUCCCCGCCGCCAAGCGCAACCUUCCAGAAGCAGAGAGCGGCGACAUGGCCAAGAAAACAGCGAUCGGCAUCGACCUGGGCACCACCUACUCGUGCGUGGGCGUGUUCCAGCACGGCAAGGUGGAGAUCAUCGCCAACGACCAGGGCAACCGCACGACCCCCAGCUACGUGGCCUUCACCGACACCGAGCGGCUCAUCGGGGACGCCGCCAAGAACCAGGUGGCGCUGAACCCGCAGAACACCGUGUUCGACGCGAAGCGGCUGAUCGGCCGCAAGUUCGGCGACCCGGUGGUGCAGUCGGACAUGAAGCACUGGCCCUUCCAGGUGGUGAACGACGGCGACAAGCCCAAGGUGCAGGUGAACUACAAGGGCGAGAACCGGUCGUUCUACCCGGAGGAGAUCUCGUCCAUGGUGCUGACCAAGAUGAAGGAGAUCGCCGAGGCGUACCUGGGCCACCCGGUGACCAACGCGGUGAUCACCGUGCCCGCCUACUUCAACGACUCGCAGCGGCAGGCCACCAAGGACGCGGGCGUGAUCGCGGGUCUGAACGUGCUGCGGAUCAUCAACGAGCCCACGGCGGCCGCCAUCGCCUACGGGCUGGACCGGACCGGCAAGGGCGAGCGCAACGUGCUCAUCUUCGACCUGGGGGGCGGCACGUUCGACGUGUCCAUCCUGACGAUCGACGACGGCAUCUUCGAGGUGAAGGCCACGGCGGGCGACACGCACCUGGGCGGGGAGGACUUCGACAACCGGCUGGUGAGCCACUUCGUGGAGGAGUUCAAGAGGAAGCACAAGAAGGACAUCAGCCAGAACAAGCGCGCGGUGCGGCGACUGCGCACGGCGUGCGAGAGGGCCAAGAGGACGCUGUCGUCCAGCACCCAGGCCAGCCUGGAGAUCGACUCUCUGUUCGAGGGCAUCGACUUCUACACGUCCAUCACGCGGGCGCGGUUCGAGGAGCUGUGCUCGGACCUGUUCCGCGGCACGCUGGAGCCCGUGGAGAAGGCCCUGCGCGACGCCAAGCUGGACAAGGCGCAGAUCCACGACCUGGUGCUGGUGGGCGGCUCGACGCGCAUCCCCAAGGUGCAGAAGCUGCUGCAGGACUUCUUCAACGGGCGCGACCUGAACAAGAGCAUCAAUCCGGACGAGGCGGUGGCCUACGGGGCGGCGGUGCAGGCGGCCAUCCUGAUGGGGGACAAGUCGGAGAACGUGCAGGACCUGCUGCUGCUGGACGUGGCGCCGCUGUCGCUGGGUCUGGAGACCGCGGGCGGCGUGAUGACGGCGCUCAUCAAGCGCAACUCCACCAUCCCCACCAAGCAGACGCAGACCUUCACCACCUACUCGGACAACCAGCCCGGGGUGCUGAUCCAGGUGUACGAGGGCGAGAGGGCCAUGACGCGCGACAACAACCUGCUGGGGCGCUUCGAGUUGAGCGGCAUCCCGCCGGCUCCCAGGGGCGUGCCCCAGAUCGAGGUGACCUUCGACAUCGACGCCAACGGCAUCCUGAACGUCACGGCCACUGACAAGAGCACCGGCAAGGCCAACAAGAUCACCAUCACCAACGACAAGGGCCGCCUGAGCAAGGAGGAGAUCGAGCGCAUGGUGCAGGAGGCCGAGCGCUACAAGGCGGAGGACGAGGUGCAGCGCGAGAGGGUGGCUGCCAAGAAUGCGCUCGAGUCCUAUGCCUUCAACAUGAAGAGCGCCGUGGAGGACGAGGGUCUCAAGGGCAAGAUCAGCGAGGCUGACAAGAAGAAGGUGCUGGACAAGUGCCAGGAGGUCAUCUCCUGGCUGGACUCUAACACGCUGGCUGAGAAAGAGGAGUUCGUGCACAAGCGGGAGGAGCUGGAGCGGGUGUGCAACCCGAUCAUCAGCGGGCUGUAUCAGGGUGCGGGUGCUCCCGGGGCUGGGGGCUUCGGGGCCCAGGCGCCCAAGGGAGGCUCUGGGUCGGGGCCCACCAUCGAGGAGGUGGAUUAGAGGCUCUUUCUGGCGCUCCAGGUGUGAUCUAGGAGACAGAUGGGUGGCCUUGAGGACUUUGGGUUAUUGUCGUUUAGGACAUUAACUCCUUCGUUCGGUCUGCAAUCAAGUCCUAGGUUUAAGCAAACUGCCUUCCAUUUACUCUGUGGAAUUUCACGUGUGCUUUGCAUUCCCAGUAAAUUAGUACUGGGAGUGUGUCUUUGCAAUAGAUAUAAUUUCCUGCCUUCAAGUCAGCACUGCCCCCCCCCCCGAAGUUAUUUCUUUUGCAGGACAGUCAGAGCUAUAUUGAUAUAGCAAGAGGUGUGUUACAAAAACACCAGGACACUGUUGAGUUCCUUUGUGUUUGGACUCUCCCCUGGGCGACAGUGUUGAGGCACUGUUAAGUCAGGAGCUCAGGGGCCACCGGUGGAUCACUGAAAGCUGAGACUCUGUUGCUUCUCCCGUUUGACACUCUGUUGCUUUCCUUGCAUGGUGGCUCACCUAAGGCUGAGACUCUUGUUCUCCUUCCCUGUAUAAUCUUGCCUGGCCGUUGCACUUGUUCCCCAGUGUGUGAACUCGGAGAUGAGUUUACACCACCACUGUUAGUUCACGUUUUUUGUUUUUACAUAACCAUCCUGAACUCAGGUCAAUUUUUACUGGCUAUUUGAAAAUAAACUUCAAAAGAACUUGCCAGGUCUUGUGUCUGUUGUCUUUUGAGGUCAGGAAUUGCUGUGUAUGUCUUACAGAUUGGACUACGCUUGACUGACAUUUUAUGGUAAGAUGGGGUGGGGAGCACCCAGGGACUUUGCAUUGGGAUCUGCUUGUGUGAGAAAAAUGAAAGCAGUCAGAGCAAAUAACAACCAGUCCGGGGCUGAGGUCUAGUACAGUGCAGA